AUGAAUUUUCCGAACGCUGAUACUGAUGAUGGUAUUACUCCACUCCUUUCAGCUGUGGCAGCCGGUUCUCUGGCAUGUUUAGAGAUAUUAAUUCAGGCAGGUGCUAAUGUAAAUAUAAGUGCUGGUGGAGCAACUCCUUUGCACAUUGCAGCUGAUAAUGGAAGUCUUGAACUAAUAAAUUGCUUAUUGAAAGCUGGAGCUGAUCCUAAUUUCUCUGAUGAGGAUGGUAUCAAGCCAAUACAGGUUGCUGCUGCAAGGGGCUAUGUAGGUGCUGUUGAGAUAUUGUUCCCUUUGACUUCCAAAGUAGAUAUCUUUCCAACUUGGACUAUUGAUGGGGUACUUGAGUAUAUGCAAUCUGAAACUAGCAAGCAACAGGUACUGAAAUCUUAA